UAAGUUGGUCAACGUUUUCUUAUUAUUUCAUGUCACGUAUAAUUUUUUAAUCAUCAAUAGAUAAUUAGAGGGAGAGCAGCAUCGAUUUAAUAACUGUUCAAUUGAUAUUCUGUUGACUUAAAUUAAUUUAGUUGCAUUGAGAUCAAAGAAAUGAAUGAAAAAGAUAAAACUAAAAAAAAACAUACGCAGAAAAUGAAAAAACGUAAAUUUUAUGGGAAUCAAUACACUGAUAGUAAGAAAGAAAAAAAAAUAGCAAGCGACCCGGUAGAUUUGAAAGUAAAUGAUGCCAGUGCUGAUAAAGACGAUGGAAAAUUACAAAGACCCGCAAUGGCCGGUACGAUAGAAGUGAAACCUUGGGGUAAUUUUGCUGGAAAAGAAGUAAAAUUAUUCACAUUGAAAAAUAAUAAUGGACAGGAAGUUGAUGUUUUAAAUUACGGAGCUACGAUAAGAGCUGUGAGGACACCCGAUAAAAGUGGGCGUAUCAGUGACGUUGUUUUAGGUUUCGAUGAUAUUAAUGGAUAUCUCGGAAAAGAUAAUCCGUACUUUGGAGCCACGGUAGGACGCGUUGCCAAUCGCAUUGGAAAAGGCAAAUUUAAAAUAGACGGUGUUGAAUUUUCCGUAUCAAAAAAUAUCGGCGCGAAUACUUUACACGGUGGAUUCAAAGGAUGGAAUUCCAUGAUCUGGGAGUCGGUUAUCAGAAAUGACUCACUGGUUAUGAGUUUACUGAGCAAAGAUAACGAUGAAGGUUUUCCGGGAGACGUCAUAGCAACGACGAUAUUCAAAUUCUCAGAUGACGGUUCAUUGAGGAUCGAAAUGAAUGCCUGCGCUACCAAAGCCACGCCAAUUAAUUUAACUAAUCACAGUUAUUUUAAUUUAGCUGGCCAUGAUACAAACUCAGCAGAACUUUAUAAACAUUCGAUAAUGAUGAAUGCAGAUCGGUGGACAGUAACAGACGCCGACAGCAUUCCAACGGGUGAAAUAAGACCCGUAGAAAGCAGUAUAAUGGAUCUAAGAUCACCUACAGUGCUCGGUGAUGUCAUUAAUAAAGUACCAGGGGGUGGGUACGAUUACAACUUCUGUCUUACUGAGGAUAAAAAUUCAAAGAGCAAAGAACGUUUGGUUGCCAAAGUCGUGCAUCCAGAGUCGGGCAGAAUUUUGGAAACUUACUCCAAUCAACCCGGGGUUCAACUGUACACCAGUAAUUUUAUUCCGGAUAAAAAUACCAGUGGUAUUGUUGGCAAGGAAGGCAAAAGUUACUUCAAACAUGCGGCUUUCUGUCUUGAGACCCAGAAUUAUCCUGAUGCUGUCAAUCAUGAAAACUUUCCUGACAGUAUUCUCAGACCUGGUGACAUCUACAAUCACGUUGUCGUCUACAAAUUUACCGUUGAUAAAUAAAUGAGUUUAUAAAUCAAUUAUUAGUAUUACUGAUAAAAUAAAGUUAUAAACUUUCAUAGCA